CCUUCAUUUGCCUUCAUACACCUUCGUCUACCCCCAUUCGCCUUCAUUUGCCUUCAUACACCUUCAUCUACCCCCAUUAGCCUUCAUUUGCCUUCAUACACCUUCAUCUACCCCCAUUUGCCUUCAUUUACCUUCAUACACCUUCAUCUACCCCCAUUAGCCUUUAUUUACCUUCAUACACCUUCAUCUACCUCCAUUAGCCUUUAUUUACCUUCAUACACUGUCAUCCACCCCUAUUAGCCUUCAUUAACCUUCAUACACCUUCAUCUACCCCCAUUAGCCUUCAUUAACCUUCAUACACCGUCUCUACCCCCAUUAGCCUUCAUUUACCUUCAUACACCUUCAUCUACUCCCAUCAGCCUUCAUUAACCUUCAUACACCGUCAUCUAUCCCCAUUAGCCUUCAUUUACCUUCAUACACCUUCAUCUACCCCCACUAGCCUUCAUUAACCUUCAUACACCUUCAUCUACCGCCAUUAGCCUUCAUUAACCUUCGAUUUCAUGGGAUUUCAUACACCUUCAUCUACCCUCAUUAGCCUUCACUUACCUUCAUACACCGUCAUCCACCUCCAUUAGCCUUCAUUAACCUUCAUACACCUUCAUCUACCUCCAUUAGCCUUCAUUUACCUUCAUACACCGUCAUCUACCUCCAUUUGCCUUCAUACACCUUCAUCUACCUCCAUUAGCAUUCAUUUACCUGCAUACACCUUCAUCUAACCCCAUUAGCCUUCACUUACCAUCAUACACCGUCAUCUACCUCCAUUUGCCUUCAUUUGCCUUCAUACACCUUCGUCUACCUCCAUUAGCAUUCAUUUACCUGCAUACACCUUCACCUACCCUCAUUAGCCUUCACUUACCGUCAUACACCGUCAUCCACCUCCAUUAG